UGUUAUUAAAAGGUGGCUAUUAUUUAAAUAAAUGUCAAAAUAAUAAUAUUAAAAUUUUAACUCGAAUUUUUCUUGACGUAAAUACAAAUUAAACAUUUCUAUAUUUUUAAUUAUGAUUGUCAUUUUAUAAAUUUUGUUCAAUAAACAAUAUGUUUAAAACAUUGAGAAUAUUAUCGACAAUUAAUUUACAUAGCAGUGGUAAUAAUUUAUUUUUCAUUAUAUCAAAGCAAAAAUUAUUUGCAAGGCAAUUAUCAACAAAAUAUCAAUUGAAACAAAUUCGAUUAAAACGUUAUGAAUUUAUUCAACGAAAUGAAUUUCAUACAACUGAACCACGUAAAAUACCGCCAAUUGUGGCAAUAUUAAUUCGUCCACUCGUUCAAUUUGGUGGAUUAAUAUUUGGAAGAGCAUUUAAAAAGUGGUGGAAGAAAAAAUCACCGGAAGAACAAAAAGUUUAUAUAAAUUGGUUGAAAAGUAGAAAAAAUGCCUUUUUUGGAUUUCUUGGCUUUUUUAUGAUUGCACUAUUUGUUUAUUAUAUAACUCAUUUACAAACCGAUCCAAUAACAAAGCGACAGAGAUUUAUUAUUUUCAAUAAAGAACAACAGGAAUUUUUUGAAAAAUUCACUCUUCAAAUGCACUUGGAAGAAAAUAAAGGUCAUAUUGUGCCAGAGAAUCAUCCGGUUUAUAUGAGACUCACAAGAAUAGUUCAACGAUUAGUAAAUUCAAAUAAGGAUUUACAAUCUGUCAAUGAUAAACAAUGGAGUCUUACUGUUGUGAACGAAAAAUUAAAAAAUGCCUACGUUCUUCCGGGAGGUCAUAUUUUCGUAUUUUUAGGAGCUCUUAAUUUAGUCGAAAAUGAUGAUCAGCUUGCAAUUAUUUUAGCUCACGAAAUGGCUCAUGAAUUAUUAAAUCACUCGAUGGAACAAUUAUCAAGAGGAGUUAUUUUAGAUAUUCUUUUGGCAUUACCAAUUGUUUUUUUGUGGGCAAUUUUUCCUGAUGCUGUAGCGUUUAUUUGUCAAAUAUUGGGUCAAUCGGUAAUUAAUAUUCUUCAUCGUUUACCAUACAGUAGAGCAUUGGAAAGUGAAGCUGAUGAUGUAGGAUUAAUUCUAGCAGCAAAAGCAUGUUUUGAUGUUAGAGAGGCAGUGGUAUUUUGGGGUAUAAUGAGAAUGUUAACUGAAUUAAAAAUUGAAAAAGACAUACCUCCAUUAUUGUCAAGUCAUCCUGAUCAUGGUGAUCGAGAAAAGCAUUUAAAUGAAUUAAUGCCCAAUGCAAUUGCAUUAAGAAAUAACGUUAGGUGUGCCUAUCUUGAUCCUAGAGAUCCAAGAAAUAGAUUUUAUAUGCGUUCAAAGGAAGAUCAUGAAUUAUAUUUUAAACAACGUGGAAUUAUUAGUACGUGAAUUAAGAAUUAAAAUUUUAAUUGUAAAAUUGCUUGUAAAAAUGUUUAUAUAAAAAAAAUGACUCAAUUAUAUUUAGAUUUAGGAUGUUUUAAAAAUAUAUAUAUUUAUUUUGUUUUUUGAAUUUAUAUAUAAAUAUUAUUAUUAUUACAAAAGUUGUUGUUUUUUGUAACAUUUAUUUAAAUUUUGCAACAAACAGGGAUGAGAAGUUAACGAGUAAAGGUGUAUUCAUAAUAAAAGAAAAAAUUGUGACAAAAAAAUAUUUUAGGUUAUGCUGUUGUAACGAGCGACUAUAAUCCUCGCUCGAAUCAUUUCGAUGUAUCGAAUGAGCGAUACAUCGAUGUGAUUAAUUAAGAUUUAAAUAAUUUAAUUGAGGAUUAAUUAUAAAACAUCUUAAAACACUUAAUAUUUUCUCACGAUAAAUAUAAUAGAGUCUUUCACAUAAAAGAAAAUAGCAUGACUAAUUCUAAAGUAUUUCCGUCAACUAUUAAGUUUAUUCCAAUAUCGUAUUUCUUUUAGCAACACAAAAUACUAAAAGAGAAAUGUCGUAAAUCAGUCCAAGAAAAUAAGAGAAAAUAUAUUCUCAUAUUUUCUCUCAUUUUCAAAUUUUAAAUGUAAACCUAGAACGUCAUAAAAACCACUUGAAAAAAUGUGAUCCUUUCUAUAAAAAAAAGGGACACUAAACACAUGUUGACCAGACACGGACUUUUAUUACCUUCAAUAGAAAAGUCGCGUACGGGCUAAACAAUGAACGAAAGUUUACAACGGAAAUGCUUUGUAUAAGAAAUGCUUUAUUUAAUAAUAAAUAAUUAAAUAAUUAUUUAUGUACAUGUUUCAGUAUAUUUACACAUUUGUAUUUAAGCGUUAUUAAUAUUGUUAAUUAAUUAAUAAUUGAUUAUCAGAAUAUUAUAAUUUAAUAUUAUUAUAAUUAUAUCAUAAUUAAUAUUGUUAUAAUUAUAUUAUAAUAAUAUAAUUAUGGAUUAACCAUAUAAUGUUGUGAUGAUUAAUGUUUAUUAUAUUUUAAUAAAUAGUAUGUUGUAUGAUGGGAGAGAUUGUGUAUAAUCUCUCUUAUGUAUGUGUGAACAUAUAAGUAACACUAAGGAACGAUGUGAUAAGUGUUAGUGAAGUGAUACACGUAUAGGAGUAGCGAAUACGCUCCAUAGUGAAGCAUGCGCACAAACUCAAAAUGGACCAAAAGCGGAGAGCGACUCCGCUGGACCAAAAACUCUCUAAGUUAGUUCUAAUCUUGACUCUGGCUUGAAAGGUUGUUUUCUAAACUCCUUAGUCAGCUUUGUAUUUUAUCAUAUUAAUAAAUUACAGGGUUUUACCUUCGAAGGAAGAACUAAUAAUUAUUCUUCCUUUGAACGGGUUUCCCUUCCGUUGUAUCGGAA